AUGCAAGACCCCUUCGAUCAGAAGAAGAAAUCUAUACUUGCUGAGAUAGGCACAACAGAUGAGACUACUCCAGACGCAUCACCUAAAGGUACUAUCGAUGAGUUUUGCAUACCGAUAAUCAAUUUGAUUAAUUCUAAUAAAGACAUGGUAACCACCUCAUCAUGCUCGGGAAGAGUUUCAGUUUUUCUUGAAGGGGUGAAGGAUAUUAAUCAGGAUGAUGUUAAGAUUGGAGCCAAAGGAAAUAACGGUCGAUGGAUAUUUGUCACUCAUGAUCCCAAAGAUUUGCCUGACUGGUUCAGCUCAGUUAACUUCAAAUAUAUCACUGAUACAAGUUCAUAUGAAUCUACAUCUGUUACUACCCGUUACAUUUUAUAUAAAUUUGAACCAUUAAUCUUGCAUGUUAAAUGUAGAGACUUAGAAAUGGCUAAUAAGUUGUAUUCUGCUGCUAUGAGCUGUGGCUUCAGAGAAUCGGGAAUUGGUACAAACAAUAUUGUUGGAAUAAGAAUAUCCAUAAAGUUGGACGUACCCAUCGGUUUCUUGAAUGAACUGACUGAAGAAUUGGUUUCAUUUGUAUCGCAAGACUAUCUCCGUGUCAUUACAAAAUUAUCUGAAGAUAGAUUUAAAGAAAAUUUCAAGAAAUUAGAUGCAUUGUAUAAAGCAGUUGAAAGUUUGAACACCCUGCAAAACUCAACUUCAAAAGUAGAGACAAAGGAGGAAAGAAGGGUCAGGAAAAUGAAAGAAGGGUUAGCCAGAAGAGAAGAAGUACGAGCUUUAAAAGAACAGAAAAAAAAAGAAAAGCUUGAAGAACAGGAACAGGCCCAUAGUUAA